CUGUAAAUUUUAAUUUACUGAUUAAAGAAAUUUUACAGGAAUUUGUUAUUAUUGAUCUAGCGAAUGAGGGCAUUACUUUUAGUAUAUCAAGCAUUUAUAAUACUCAAGCAACAGUGUUUUGGAAUUCUAAUAUGUUUGAAAGCUAUGAUUACAACAACAAUGUUUCUAGCCGAAUCCGACUCAAAGUUCAUUUAGAUUCUUUAGUUUCUGUUUUAAAAACUUUUAAUAUUACACUUAUACGUGAAAGUAGUAGUGCUCAUUGGUCAAUUUCAUAUGAUACUGUUGAUGGCAGCCUUAUGAUCAA